GCCUCUGACCGCCAUGGCUGACGCUACCUCUCUGCCACUCCUGCUGCUGCUGCUGCUUCAUGGCUCCUGUGUUGCUGGGCUGGACUGCACGCUGAGGGAGGACGAGAUCGCCUGCUCGUCGGAGUCGAAGUGCGUGAAGCUCCGCUACAUCUGUGACGGCGACAACGACUGUGCUGAGGGCGAGGACGAGGACCCGGAGCUCUGCUAUGCGUUCAAGUCGCACUACACGUGUGACAAGGGCGAGGUUAACUGCCGCAGGAAUGGUCAGAUGGAGUGUAUGCGGGUCCUCAACUACUGCCAGCAGAGCGACCCACCCUGCGAGGGCGACGUCGACCCCAAGAUGUGCAGAGUGCUGCUCGACAACACCGUCCAGUCCUUCACCUCCAUCAUCCUGCCUGACGCCGACGCCCAAGAGCAGAGCUGGCGACGGAGCGAGCUGCUGGGUGAUGAUCUGGUGGCCAUCCUUAACAACACCAUCAACCACCCAGACUGUCCAGACAUGUACACUGUCGUCGGGGAACAGUGCCUCUCCGUCUUCUCUGUUGGCAAGGUGAGCUGGGGGGAGGCGCGGGCGUUCUGCAAGGUGAUCAACGGCGACCUCCUCACCUUCAAGAGCGUCAGUCACUUCUCCACCGUCCUCCAACACCUGCAGGAGCACCAGCUGACUACGGACUUCUGGCUGGGUGGGCGCCAGAUGGAGAAGGGACACGGCUGGACCUGGAUAGACGAGUCUCCCAUGGUGCUCGGCUCCCCCUACUGGGCUGUCAGGCAGUACGAGGAGUGCCAGACCAGGAACCUGACGACAGCGGGGCAGACCACCCGCCAGGCCAACCGUGCCACCUGCUACCACUACCGCCAGGCCCCGGAGCCCUCGGAGCGGGGCUACUGCGCCGCCCUCUCCUACCAGCACUACUUCUACAUGACGGACGAGGACUGUCUCCUGCAGAAGAGUCCUCUCUGUGUCGCUGUCUAGAUCACUACAUCCGGAUCCUGCUCUCCACUUAGCCACUCCGUAAAAAAUGCAACUGGUUUGUCUAAGCAGAAGCUUACUAACCCAAGCAUCCCUCCAAACCUAUAGUGGUCGAUGCCUAGAAAACGUUAAUAUAAGUGUUUUAGUUUUGCUAAGUAGUUCUUAUCAAACCAGUAGUUCUCUCUCUACACGCACAGUAGUUCUCUCUAUGCAUACAGUAGUUCUCUCUACACGCAUACAGUAGUUCUCUCUCUACACGCGUACAGUAGUUCUCUCUCUACACGCACAGUAGUUCUCUCUAUGCAUACAGUAGUUCUCUCUACAUGCAUACAGUAGUUCUCUCUCUACGCAUACAGUAGUUCUCUCUCUACGCAUACAGUAGUUCUCUCUCUACGCAUACAGUAGUUCUCUCUACGCGUGUACAGUAGUUCUCUCUACACGCAUACAGUAGUUCUCUCUCUACACGCGUACAGUAGUUCUCUCUCUACACGCACAGUAGUUCUCUCUAUGCAUACAGUAGUUCUCUCUACAUGCAUACAGUAGUUCUCUCUCUACGAAUACAGUAGUUCUCUCUCUACGCAUACAGUAGUUCUCUCUACACGUGUACAGUAGUUCUCUCUACACGCAUACAGUAGUUCUCUCUCUACACAUACAGUAGUGUUCUCUACGCAUACAGUAGUUCUCUCUACACGUGUACAGUAGUUCUCUCUACGCAUACAGUAGUUCUCUCUACACGCAUACAGUAGUUCUCUCUCUACACAUACAGUAGUUCUCUCUACACGUACAGUAGU